AUGUCGUCUUUCUCCAGAGAAUCGUCUCAGGAAUAUGAUGACAAUCUUGACUACAGAGACGAAAACAGUUUCCGAUUUGUGAACAACAAAGGCGAUAUAAGUACGACACGUAGCUCUAGCCCUUUCAUCUCAGAUCCAGAAAACCAAGAGGACCAAGCCGAAGAAUUGAGUGAUCGCAUUCAAGACAAGCUACAAAUCAACCAGCAAGAGACAGUACAACAUAAUCUACAAGACAUAGUACCAGAUAAACAAGACCUAGCACAAAUACAAAGAAGUUCACAAGACAUAGUUAAAGCUCAAAGAAGCCAAGAUACAUAUCUCGUAGUAGAAGAAGACAAAGGAAAUCUUGAAGAUCUUCCAAAUCUUCCAAAUUUUCAAAGUCUUCCAAAUCUACAAAAUCACAAUAAGUCACAGAUAGGCACAGAGAACGACAAUUCGUUCGACAACAAAGAGAUUUCCCCCUUCCAGGACAAUAACCAUUCCAACGACAGUCUUGGAGCCAGCAUUGCCAGUUUCCGUGAGUCGUUGGCCAGUCACGAGCUCAAGUCCACGAGAACAGCCAUGCAAAUGAGACAUGAAAACGAUACCAGUUUCCACAAUUCGACGAUUGAUACGACCCGUUACAACGAUACUCGUGCCCAGCUUGACCACGAUCUCAAUUUUGACGUCAGUCCGCAACGGUUAUCGACUUCUAACAGCAAUUUCACUGCGACUUUGAGCCACCUUUCGACAAAACCAACAAAGACCAGCCCCAUAACACCUUGGAGAAAACUCAGAACCGCGUCAACAUAUACUCCAACACGGGAUAACGGUCGUCCACCGUCGUUGCCGUAUGCUAGUAGCACGAUUCUGGGUAGCAAUGGCAAGUUUGGGACGAGAAAUGUCCAUAACGAAGUGUCUACAGAAUCGAAAAUAGACGAUCUCAAUAAGCAAGUCACAAGUUAUCGAAUCCAAAUUCAAAUGCUCAAGCAGUUUCUUCAGAAAAUCAUAGACAGAGCCAGAGAACUCAACCAGCCCGGCUUUGACCUAGAAGAGCUCCAACAUAUUCAGAAUGACUUGCAUGGCUUAUCACCAGCACACAGUGUGAAAAGUAGUUACAGAGCAGAAUACGAUAAUUUGCAGCAGGACUAUAAUGAGAUCUUCCAGUUGAACCAAGACUUGUAUGCAAAUUUGGAGUCUUUUCAAUCUCAAUUACACGACAAAGAAAUACAACUACAGGCUUCCUCACAGUACAUUGAAGAUUGUUCAUAUACUCUAGAUGAGAUAUUGCAGACAUUGAUUAUCGAUCCAGCUACAUCACUUUCGUCUAGGCAGGCUUUGCUUCAGUGCUUGAAGACAAAGACUUCCAAGAUCGAAGUCAAACUACAAGUUUUGAAGCUAGAACUAAACACAAGACUAGAGACGAAUCAGACUCUGUACGUAUCUCCGCCAGCUUCAGAUCACGGCAUCCAAAAGCCGAAGGAGGAUACAGCUUUCUCUGUAGAGUUAAUCGAGCAAUUGACUACCACUGUAAACAGCUUGGAAGAUAAAUUCAACAAGCAAAAGUUCGAAACUGAGAAAUUGGAACAAGACCUAUUCAAGGAAGCCGAAGACUCAAAAGCAAUAAAGAAGAAUUUCCAAAUGAUAUCGGAGAAGUUCAGUCAGCUUUGCAGAACAAUUGAUGAGAAUGAAACAGACAAUAAUUUGCGAGAAGAAAAUGCACGUUUGCUCGCACAACUCGAGGAUCACAAGUCCAAAUUACAACAAUAUCAGGAACAGGAGAAGGAAAACAACUUUUCCAUUAGUAUGAGCAAAUCAUCUAGUAAAAACAGCUCUCUGAGUUCGAAAAAUGAGGAUUCUUUACGAGAAGAGCUAUUAGAGUUGAAACGAGCAUACGACGCUUUGAGUGAAGAGUUUGACGAGUUGACCAACCAACAGAAAAAGUACAAGGAAGACAAAGAAAACACCAUAACGUCGUUAACAAAUCAAUUGCAAAGAAAGCAGAGUGAAAUUCUGGCGUAUCGAGGAGAGGAAAAGAUCACCGAGAAACUCAGACUCGAUUUAGAGAUUGCCGUAGAGAAACAACGGAAGUUAAACGCUGAGAAAAUUAAACUUUCGUAUGCUGUAGACACUCUUAAACUGAAAGAAGAAAGUCUCAAGUCUACUAUUGAGAGCUUGACCCAGAAAGUAACGGAAUUGGCAGUAGUAAAUCACGGCAGUGAUUCAACAGCAGCCAAGAGACAAUUCAAUGUGCUAGAGUACCAGUUUCUGGAAUUGCUCCUGUUUGAUUUGGUCGAGUUUCAAAAACUCAUAAAGUCUUUCAACAAGAUUGCUGAUGACGCCUCGUUGAAGGAUCCCAAGAAGAAGUUUGAAAAUUUGCGCAAACGUGUAGUAGAGAAGGAGGAUCUGACCCCAUGGGAGAACCACGAAAUCGAUUAUAUACGAGACCAGCACAAGUCUAUAUUCGAGUAUUUUGCAAGAGCUAUUGAUAUUCUCGUUAACGACCAUGUUCGACUUCUUCUCAGAGAGAAUGAUCACCAACUCAAAGGAGCCCAUAAAGAUGCCAUGAAUGAGCUUCAGCAGCGGAUUCGCAACUUAGAGAUGGAAAAGAACACGUUGUAUAAACAAAUAGAGACUUAUGAGCAAGAAUUAGAGCUCGAUUACGAUGACUCGCCUAUUUCUAAGUUGCGGAUGGAAGAUCUUCGUUACAAGUGGAAGGCGGAACGAGAAAGAAGAGUGAUAGAAGACAAGGAGGCGCAGAGACGGUUUCGAGAGCUCGAAGCGGAGAAUUCUCGACUUAGAGAGAAGUUGAGCAGUUCGUAGAGUAAUGAGUCAUGAAAUAAGAUUAGAUUAGAGCCAAUUCAACCAGCAAAGAUUC